AUGGCCGUGCUACAGAGAGCACAAGUCAGCAGCAUCAUGAAGGCUCGAAUGCGAGCGAGAUCGAGGAAACUUACCACUCGUCAACGGUCGAUGGAUGAUUUUGGUCUUCAGUUCUCCACUUGGAUUAACACUCACGCCAACGGGAAGGCAGACCAGUGUGGUCGAUCGAGGUUCAUGGAAGAAAAGCCACAGUUAGCAAAGGUCAUCCAAAGGACAAAAAGAAAUGACACCACUGAACUUCCAGAAAGGCAACAGGGAAAUACACCCACGUCUUCGCCGAAGCUCGACAUAGUGUAUCUCUCGACAGACCUGUGCCCCGGCGGUGACCAUUACAGUCGAUCAGUAAUUACCGGCUCAACUGCUGCAGAGCGUAUCAUACAGUGUACCUCCAACUUGCAAGCAAGCUGGAGUUGGCUUUCAAUUGAAAACGUCACGAUGCCAGGCCGUUAUACGAACUACGUACUGGAAGUGGUGUCGACGAGCUUGCGCUCUCCACCUGAGGAGCAGGGGGAGAAGGAGCAGACAAAAACACAAUACCUACGGACGGAAGUGCCGUACCAGAACCGCAAGUGCAAUCACCCCUCAGUCCAUUUUCAAAUCACAUCUGCCAACUUGCCCACGAGCGAUCAUCACGGUCGGAGAGUCAUAUACAGUGUGUAUACCGAUAUGAUAGCAGAUGGGGAGCAUAUCUCGGAGAUGCACGAUCCAAGUAUUUCGAAACCGCCUUGA